GAGUACGCCGCGGUGUGGUUAGUUGUUUGAAAAGCACUGCACACCAUCUUCACACAAAUCAAUCGAGCUACAAGGCAUUCUUCAUCUCCAGACCACUCACCCCACCACCUGUGCAAACAUGUCAUCCCUUUCCGAGCCCAAGAAUAUGCAUCGAGUGCGUGUCGAUGAGGCCGCCCGGCUCAAGAUGCAGGACUCGCUGCGUGGUGCCGCCGAGGCCAUGGAAACGCCGAACGACACGAUGUUGCGUCUGUUCAACGGGGCCCUCGAAGUUCCCAUGGUCAAAGCUGGCUGUGAUAUUGGCCUUUUUAAGAUGCUUGUCGCCAGCCAUACGCCAUUGACCACGGCAGAGAUUGCAGACGCUACAAAGGCGGAGCCGGCCUUCCUCGGGCGAGUUUUGCGCUACCUCGCGGCAACGCGCUUCAUCACGGAGACAGGCAAAGACCAGUUCGGCGCCAACCUCACAACCCAAUCCCUUGCGGAUCCCGCCAUACAGGGCAGCUUGUACUACAUCUUCGAGAUUGCUAUCCCGGCUUACUCGGCCCUCCCCGAGUUCAUGCAGCAGACGAGCUUCCAGACUCCUCCCGGUACGCAAUGCGCAUGGCAGCAGUCGGUAAAGACAGACAUGGACUGGUUCCCGUACUACAAGCAGCAUCCUGAGCAGCUCUCCUACUUCCAGAAGUUGAUGAGUGUGCCGCGUGACGGCGAAUGGUUCGACGUUGUCCCGUUCGCUGAAGAGGCCGCCAACGUUGACCCAGAACGCGCACUGUUCGUCGACAUCGGAGGCAGCAUCGGCCACCAGAGCAAGCGGCUGAGGUCAAAGUACCCUACGCUUCCCGGAAAGGUCAUUGUGCAGGACCUGCCGGAGACGGUUAAAGUGGCGACGCCUGUGCCGGGCGUGGAGUUCAUGGCCUACGACUUUUUCACACCUCAACCUGUUCACGGCGCCAGGUUCUACUACAUGCGCACCGUCCUUCACGACUGGGACGAGGAGAACUCGAUCAAGAUCCUGAAGAACACGGCCGCUGCCAUGGGCGCCAACUCGCAGCUCUUGAUCGACGAGAUGGCGCUGCCAAACAAGGACGUGCAUUGGUGGUCGGCGUGCUUGGACCUGCACAUGUACACGAUGCUCAACGCAUUGGAGAGGACUGUGGAGCAGUGGCACGAUUUACUGGGCAAGGCCGGUCUCAAAAUUGUCGACAUCCGGACGUACGCGUCAGUGAUGAAAAACUCCAUUAUUGUUGUUGAGCGCAAGUAGGGGACAAACCGACUGUGCGAGGAGCACGGUCCGCUCCGUAGUAUUUCUCCAUGUAGUUAGCACACGAAUCCCGAA